AUGUACAAGAUUGUCCGAAAACGACUUGGAGAGCAGUCAUCUUAUCGAUAUUACAUAAAGGUAAAUCCCGCUCUCAGCAAAGAAGAAGCUUUACUAGUUAGACGUGAAUGGGAACCACACAUUGACAAACACGGUCAUCUUCAGCCAAAUGGAAUUCUUGACUGGUUUAACACAGGUUUGACAAAGGCGUGUUCAGUACUUAUGGCUGAGAGUGAAUAUGUUUCAUCCUUACGGUGUGAAACCUUACAUGAUGGAACGGUCCUUGUCCAUGCAACAAUAUCCAGUAAGAAAGAUUCCUCUGGUGACGAACAAUUCAAUAAAGGUGAUAACCAUGUUGAUACAUUCAGUAUCAACAUUUAUCCGGUUUUUACCAUAGACAGUCUCAACAUGCCAUCUGACUUAAGAUUUAGUUCUCCACUACCAAUCUCGGGUCCCUAUGUACUUGUUCAGAAGAACUUGAAGCAAACCAUUCUGGAUGACUUAGAGAAUGGAAAACAGAUAAUUUUCCUUGAAUCUAAGAAUGACAACUGCUAUUCUAGUCAAGGUCGGUGUUCUCUGCCAUUGGAAGAAUCACUUUGCUGGCGGCUGAACCUCAACUUCACCGACCAUCACAUUUUUCAAGCCAUGGACAAGUACUGUAAGACUGUGGACUUCAGACAGGUUUUGAUCCUCAUGAACAUCAUUAGGGAACAAUAUCCUCAUGAACUAGGAAUAUUAAACAACGAGAUUCUAGUUAAUUCAAUAUUUAUCCUUUCACAAAAGAGAUUUUCUAGACUAACUGCACUUCAUGACUGGUUUUUGGAAUUGGUGAAAGUCUUAAUCACGGGUCUAAGGAUUUGUUUCCUGCCGUCUUUCUAUUUACCACGUCAGAAUUUGUUAAUGAAUUACAGCGUAACUGAAACUGAAAGAAGAAUGGCUCUAGGGGUACUUGAUGAUAUGCUAACAUCAUUGAGAAAAAAUCCUAAAAAUAUCUAUGACUUGACUGGCUACACUGAAAAAAAGAAAAACAAGCAGGAUGCAGACGAGAGCGAGGAAGACGCGGAAUCACAUUGCGGCAACGAAGAGACAGACGACAUCGAAAAAGACGAUGCCAGGUCAAGCGUUGCUGAAUUGCAUACGUGUUAGCCUUGUUUUUUACCCAACAUUUUUCUUGUUUAAUAUUUAUAUUCUUGCUGUUUGUUUCGUUUCUUUUUCCUCUUGUCAAUAUUUUUUGUAUGAGUUUUGUUUUACAUUCUUAUUUGGUUGUUUUGUUUUCUGUUCGUAUUUACCAUUGCUAGAUCAAGAACGCACAUACAGAUCAAUUAGAAUGUAACAAAGCAUUCAUUUGCCUUGUUAAAACGAAGAACAUAAGCAUACGUGAGCAUCCAGAUACACAGAUUUCACAAUAAGAAUUUUGGGUGAAUUUUGGUAGGAAUUAUAAUGACAUCUUUCGUAGUAAAUCAUGUUGCGUCAUUCCACAAUUCUAAAUGAUGUUUGGUAUUUUUCGCUUUUGUUCUAAAAGUGUCGAAAAUAAACAGAACAGGUUCACAAUAAAACAAAACAUACAACUCGAGAACUUACUUUUAACAAUAAGAACAUAAAUGUAAUUAAAGCUGUCUAAUGAUAGUGCGCUUCCACAAUAAACUACAGCUACCAGGAUUUGCAAAAUUUGAAAAAAGGAGCAUAAUUUGGUACACUGUAAGUAAGUGUUACGAAACAUGUUUAAUUGUGGUCAUUUAUUGGUUAUAAAGACUUAUUGAGACCCUGAUUACAGGCAAAACUUCCACCAAAAUUUCGUAAGUUAAAAAGGCAAAACUUCGCCAAGACGUACAUCAGGGUUAGGAAAAUUCCCCUGUCAGGUAUCUCACGAUGCCAAAAGACGUGUGGGGAGUUUAAUGAAACAAUUUAUCAAUUAUAUUUUGAGAAACCUACUCAUAAGAAAUACUUCCACAUUUAAAUAGUAUAAAAGGGCAUAAAUUUAACAUUAUGUAUGCUAAAGUUAUAACACGUGUUCUGUGAGAUCAUCUGAUGAUACCAAUGAUUUUUUAUGAGUUUGAAAGCAUACGGACAAGUUGUUUUGGGGUACCCCAUUUACAUUCAAAACAUUCACCAGAAUUUAGAAAGUGGCACAAGAAACAUAGAUAGUUAGGUAAUAUAUGUUACUUGUUCUGUGGGGGUCAUCUAAUGGUGCCAAAGAUAUGUGUGACGUUUAAAGUCUUGGGCCUUGUAGGUUUUAAGUAGCAUGAUACAUGCUAACCCUGCAAGGAAAGGUUGACAGAAAAAAAAUAAAUAGUCAUUACUACAAAUAUUUAUAUUUGGUCAUAAGAAUAAAAAUAUUCAAUAGGAACACAAAACAAGUUAUAAGAAUGUAAAACAUAACAAAUGAAUAUGAACAUUUGACAACAAUAAUGUUGAACAAGAAUAACACAUGUUUAAUUUAGCAACGUUUGGACUGUCAUAGAAAAUAUUAACAUGCAUUUUAUGGAAAACGAUACGUGAAGUACAUGUAUAUUGUUUUGUAAUCGAAAGUUCUGUUAAUCCAUAAGGCCUACAAAAUGUUUGUUUCCGGUAUCCUGACCUACCCUAAAUUUUUGGCCCGACCCUAAAUGUUUUUAUGGCCUUGGAGAAUUUUUUUCAACUUUUUUCACAAAAAGUUGCAAAACUGCACUUUUUAUGCUUUAAACAUGGUCAUUGAUGUUAGAAAUUAACUAACUGGUGCUGUAAAGGCCUAACCCCUUUAUUUGUAUUCAUUUUUGACACAAAAUUAAUUUCCGAAAAGUCCCACUAAAAAAUCCAAAAAAAAAUACCGGCCUACUCACCCGAUCUUUUUAGCAUGUUACCGGAAACAAACAGAUUUUUUUCUAGGCCUAACCAUAAUCUAGUCAUUCAGUAAUAGCGCGUUUCCUGAAAUAUAUUUUAUGUUAUAGUAAGAAAUAUUAUAAGUAGCACCAUUCCCACCUGAAGCAAAUGAAGCCUCCAGAAUGUGUCGAAUUGCAAAAUAAAUCAAAAUUUCAAAGGGAGACGCGUACACCAUAAAUAAAAGGGCCAUGGUGGUCUAAUAUCACCAGAACAUUCUACAUAAUUGAUGCGGUUUUUCAGUUUAAUGUCUAUACAGCCAUACAGAACAAUUAGGAUCCGAUAUUUGGUUGUUAUUGUUUUUUUUGUUGUUGUUUUUUUUUUGUAAUUUUAGAUAACUCGAACAAUCCAGAACAAUUUAGAAUGACUUUAUAUCAUUUUUAAUACAGUUUGUCAUCUUAUGAUUAAACCAUUGUGUACAAGAUGGGAGUAAAAACUUCGAGUUGAGUCAAGCGAAAUAUUACAAUUAAUAUACAAAAAGCAGCUUCAAACUUGGCCGACAAAAACAGUUACGGAACCUUUAUUGAGAGACCACCCAAAGGAAGGCUGAAAGUUGUCCCUCUAACAACACCGAGGCUAAUCUUCCUAUUCAAGAUUAUGGAGGGACUGGUGCCGACAGUUGACACUUAGUUAGACAUAAACUAGUCCAAUAUAGGCUGUACAGUAGAAAAUAAGUUUGCUAUACACUCUUUAUAAAAUUAGCAAUCUUUUAAGUGCUGUAACACAUAUACAGCCAGCUCCAGUUUAAAAGCAGAGCCCAGAUAGGACUGAUGGCCAGUGCUUAUUGAGUGAUAUUUCAACAGAUACAUAUGAAGAAUCAACAUUUCAUUGUGCAUAGACCGGCCAUGAUUUGAACAAUGUUGGCAGAGGUCCACUAGACAAUGCUACAUGCCAAAUAAGCUCUAAUAAGCUCUGUGCAUUGUGGUUCAAGACAAGAAGAUUUUAAAAAGUUUUCCCUAUACUGUAAAACUAAGUUUGCCCCUAACCCUAACCCUAAACCCUAACGCUAGAAUGGAGUGAUUAUGAAUAUUUCGAAUGUAAAUAUAAAGUUCAUAAUAAUCUAGAGUCCAUUGCUGCUUGUUUUGGAUGUUUAAAACAGUAGUUCUCAGUUGUUCACACACUCACACAAUACCAAGAUUUUAAAAAAUAAAUAUGAGACUACUUUUUACACGUCCAGAAUAGUUGUGUGAUGCGGUCACAUAGAAUUGAAUGAAAACACAAACGACGCGAGGUUGAAACUAAGUAGUUGAUUUGGAGCUAUAGCCAGUUGCUGAAGCACUGGCUAAAAGAAUUACUAGCCUUAUGUUCUUGGAUGACCUAUAAAUCGUCAAAAAAACCAAGAAAAGUAGGGGUCAUGUAUCUUCUAAGAGAGAUUUUUUAUAUGACAGGUCAACACUAUGGAAUAUCUUUCAAAUGCGGGUAUGUACACAUGAGUAAUAAGGUUAGUUUACACUUCUAUAAAUGCAAAAACUCUCCUUGAAAAUGCUACCAAAAUGUCAAGUAUAAGUUUAGUUUAAUAAUAUUUUAUUGCAGCUAUUACAAUUACAUGAAUGGUAGCAUUACAUAUGUAUACAUAUAUAUAUACAUGUAGUGCAAAUGGGCCGGGCUACAAGUUUUAACAAUUUUUACGACAGCCCUCCCCAAGUAUAGGUCCACAGUGCAAUAAAAACAGGAACUGGCUUACAUAAAACAUGAAAAACAUUUCCCACUUUGAAACUAUGAACACUAUUAAUAACCAGGUCAGAAAUCAUUAUCUUUUCUUAGUGCAAAGUGUUAUCACUGAACAAUGUAAGAACUCUUUCUCUGUAAGAACUUCGGUUAAAUGGAACCAACUGGAAGAAGCGCCAUCAGCGCCGGGUCAGUCGAGAAAUUUCAGGAAUAAGGUCAGUAAUUCGGUUGAAAAUGUGCUUCCGUGGUCGAAAGAAGUCCAAAGUAAAUAGAUCCAAAUUUGCCCCUUUUGCGCAAAUUCGUGUAGAACUGGUGAUUUAAUCACACUUUUUCAUGCUAUAAUACAUUCUGCAUGGGAUGGUUCUAGGGAAAAAGCUGUAUUUGUAGUCGCCGGUUGAUGUAGAGUACUGGUGGAACUGGUUGUUAUGUGCUGCUCUUGGUCUAGAAGUGACAGGUAUGAGAUAUGUAGACGCUGGAAUAUCCACUAGGUUAUGCACGAUCUUGUAGAGCAUGAUGAGCUGUGACGUUUCUCUCCUUAAAGUUUUUCUGGAGGGACUC